CAGUGCUCACACGUUUUCCUCACCUUCUUUCUUCUUUCUUCUCCGCCCACCGCCUUCCCCUCCGCCGCGACCCCCAUCCGCCGAUGUUCAGGGACCUUGUAGAAGAUCUCAUUUUCUUUAUCGAAAGAUCGGUUGAAGAUCAGAUCUUGAACUCAAGAUCCUUGUGGUUAAAAAUGCUCCUAGAAGACCGUUAAUUUCUGCGCAUAGCAUUUAAGCAGCACAUGCAAGAUGCAGAAAUUGGGAGGGUUCAAACUACCACCUUUCUUCAAUUACCCACCUUAUUUCACUUUGCAGCCAGUAAGAGACACGAGAGAGAAGCAGAUACAACUAUGGAAAGAUCUAAUUUUAGAUUUUUGUAAAACACAGAAGAUAUUUGUAAUUGGGCUUGAAGAAGAAUUUCCUCUAUUUACAAAUCAUGGAAUUGAAAGGUCUCUUACUCAUGAAGCCAGAGAAGCUUUCCUUUCUGCAUUAGUGUCUGAAGGACGUGCAGAAUGGAUGGAUAAAGGACAUAGGAAAUGUCUUAUUCUCUGGUAUCGGCUUCAAGAUUGGGCUGACAUUUUAAUACAGUUUGCAAAAAAUAAUGGGCUGGAAGAUGGUGUUGUCACAGUAGAAGAAAUACGAACAGGGACCGAAUCUCAAGGAACAGAUCUUCAUGGAAUAGAUCGAACUAUUUUGAAUCGUGCACUGAAACUAUUAGAACAGAAGGGAAAACUUGUGGUCUUUAAAGGAACUUCAACUGAUGAUGAAGGAGUUAAAUUUUCUAUAUAAUUGUUUUGUGAAUUAAUCUAUUGAAUCUUUGGGGAUUUUACAUGUCAUCAACAGGGGAAUCUUUUGCUAUCUAUUUAAUUAGUUGAUGUGCAAGAUGUGUAAGAACAAGCUGUAGUAAAUUGCUAUCAAUUUUCAUUUCGGGAGCUUUGCUGUGUUAA